GAACUGUGCCUGGGCCACAAUGGCACUACGCAGCACUUCAUGCAAAGGAUGUACCUACAUUUGUUAGCAUUGACAAACAUCAAGUCUGAUUAUCUGAUCAAACCGCAGAAUUUUUUACUACUCUUUACUAAUUGCGAAAAAGGCCUUUCCCAACAACGCGCAAACUCAAACGUGUUGCCCCUCUCGGCUCCUAACCACAAAGACCGCCCGACAAAGCUGCAGCUACCAAGUCACCCGGGCCGACCUGUACUGUUUUCGGUUGCUGGCCCCGUCUUACCUACGCCUUCUCAGAAGGGUCCAGUUUGCAUAGCCCCUGAAUUCAAACAAGACUUUCAAGUCCCAUUCAACUACCUACCUACUUUCGCGUCAUCAACCACGCUCGCCAGUCGCUUCCGACGCGGAAGUCCGAAAACGACGCUGUACCAUACCGACCCCGAUAAACUUCUCUAGAAUAUUGCGACAAAAUGGCACAGUCAGGGACUGGGGCGUACAACAACCCCUUGAAGAAAUUCAAGUUGGUGUUUUUGGGCGAACAGAGCGUCGGCAAGACGUCCCUAAUCACUCGAUUCAUGUACGAUUCUUUCGACGGCAUGUACCAAGCUACUAUCGGAAUCGACUUUCUCUCCAAGACCAUGUACUUGGAAGACAGGACGGUGCGGCUACAGCUAUGGGAUACGGCAGGCCAAGAGAGGUUCAGGAGUUUGAUUCCAUCCUACAUUCGCGACUCGAGUGUGGCCGUGGUGGUCUAUGAUAUAUCAAAUGCGAAAUCUUUCCAGAACACACGAAAAUGGAUAGAUGACGUGCGGGCGGAAAGAGGUAACGAUGUUAUCAUUGUCCUGGUGGGUAACAAGACGGACUUGAACGACAAGCGCGAGGUGACGACGCAGCAGGGCGAGGAGGAGGCCAAGAAGAACAACCUGAUGUUUAUCGAGACCAGCGCCAAGGUCGGCCAUAACGUCCAGCCGCUAUUUAAAAGGAUAGCGCGCUCCCUGCCAGGCAUGGAGGGUACCGAGGCCGCGCAACAGGCAGCCAGUCAAAUGAUCGACGUCAAGACAAACAACACCCAGGCUCAACAGGAAGGCUGUGCCUGUUAAGAUGGACUGACAUCGUAUCGUCAGAUUCUGUUGUUCCUUUUUCUUCUCAAAUACAUGAGGGUGACAUGCUUGUGGGCAGGUAAUUUUUGCUGGCUAUUGUUAAGACUACGUAUCUGCCAGAAGUAAGUAGUGUUGUAUAAUAACAAAGAAUGAUACUAUGGGGCCAUGAAUGAUGAGAAUGGGCUCUCAGGUGGUUUUUACUCUGCCCUCGUCCUUGAAGCGUUAGCUACCAUAUAGGUAUGCAUUUAAUACAUUAUUUCCCUUGACA